AUGCCGUCAACUUGGACAUCGCCACACGGACAUCGUGACUGGAUCCCCGGAACAGUCCACCUAGUCGACUUGGAUAGUACGGUUCACGCUCGACACGCUGGAGGCCAUAAUAAAGAUGUCUUUCUUGUACCGAAGCCGUCUGAUGAUCCGGACGACCCUCUCAAUUGGAGUCCGUCGAGGAAGAUGACAUUUCUCGUUUGUCUCUUCAUUCAAAACCCUCUGCUUUCUUCAGUGUCCCUGUUUUCGAAUACCUUCAAUGCUAUCCUCAAGAACACACAUGAUACCCGGAAGCUGAGAGACGAGAAUCACUUGCACAGAUAUAUACUUGCUGUCGGAAUCGCUUCUGCAGCUAUAUACUCGGUCCUUGUCCCCAUAUCGUCAGCCACCGACCUCACCGUUGAUGACCUCAACAGGGGGACGGGGUACAUGUUCCUGACUUUCGGCUGGGGCUGUCUGGUCUGGCAGCCCAUGGCCCAGAGGAUGGGGAAACGUCCAACCUACCUGCUCUCGCUGUUGGCAACCAUGGUCCGUCUGAGCGCCUCCCCCCCCCUCUCAUCUUCAAGACGCGUACCGUCAUCAACGGGCUGA